AUGAAUACAUCAAAUGUUAAAAUAACGAAUAGUAUAUCCGAAAGGGAAAUAACUCUGACAGCAACCGCGGAAGGAACAAAUCAUUGUGUAUUUACCGAUGACAUUUUUGAAAAGAGGACACGAGUUCAAACUAAAACUGUUGAGUUCAGCUCCAAAAUAUUCUCUUGUGUUACGUGUAAAAAACAAUUCAGAAGUAAAGAAAAUUUAAAGACACACAUGAAUAGACAUCGUGGGUUAAAGCCUAACAUAUGUGAUGUAUGUAAUAAGAGUUUCUUGGAAAAAGGCGACUUGAAAAAGCACAUGCGAAUACACAGUGGCGAAAAACCUUACAACUGCGAUAUUUGUGGAAGAACAUUUAGUAUUUCAGGUAAUUUGUCUAGUCAUUUGAAAAGACAUAAAGGUAUAAAAGAACAUAGUUGUAAUGUAUGUGCAAGGCGUUUUAAAGUCAAAGGUGAUUUGACUUCGCAUAUGAGAAUACAUAGUGACAAGAGACCAUACAGCUGCAAGACAUGUGGUAAAGACUUCAAAUACCAUAACUGUCUAUCAAUGCACAUGCGCACACAUACUAAUUACCGCCCAUAUGGUUGUGAGAUAUGUAGUAAAAGAUUUAGUCAAAAAAGUUAUUUAAAGUACCAUUUAACAAUACAUACGGGUGAUGUAGGUGGAAAACGUUUCGCGUUGAACACAAGCAGGAAAAGCCUUACUAGUUUGGAAAAUCAUCAUAAUGAUGAGAAAAAAUAUCGUUGUGAAGUAUGCGGUAGAUGUUUUAAGCUUUCAAUCGAAUUGAAGAGACAUAUGAAAACACACGCGGGUUAUGCUAAACCAUAUGCAUGCGAUGUAUGCGGAAAAAAAUUCAGGCAGAAUGCUUGUCUUAAGAUUCACAUGAGGACCCAUACUGACGAGAAACCUUACAAAUGCAUCGUGUGUGGUAAGACGUUUAGACAAAGCAGUAACCUGAACACACACUUGAAAACACAUACAGGUAAUAGAUAUUAUAAGUGCGAUAUGUGCGAUAAAACCUUUAACUCUCCGGGAGUAUUGUCUUCUCAUAUGAUGAUACAUACGGGUGAGAAACCUUAUACUUGUGACACAUGUGGUAAAGAUUUUACUGAAAAAGGCCACCUGACUUCUCACAUGAACAUACAUUCUGAUUAUAAGGCUUUUGAAUGUGAGACUUGCGGUAAAAGUUUCCGGUCAAAACCCAAAUUAGUAAGCCACAUGAGAACACACACAGGCGAAAAACCAUUUAAAUGUACUGAAUGUGGUAAAAGUUUUGCUGAAAAUGGGGCAUUAACAAUACACAAAAGAACACAUUCCGGCGAAACACCAUACGAAUGUGAAAUAUGUGACAGAAAAUUCUCACAUAUAAGCAAUUUACAAAGGCACGUUAAAAAUACCCAUAAUGGUGAGAAACGCUAUCCUUGUGAUACGUGCAAUAGAGCUUUCGGAGACAGCAAUCAGUUAAAGAGACACAUGAUAACACACACAGGUGAAAGGCCGUACAGGUGUGAUACGUGUGGUAAGAGAUAUGCAGAUUCUGGUGGUUUGAAGCGUCACAUAGGAACACAUACGGGCAUUAAACCCCAUAGCUGUGAUGUAUGUGAUAAAAAGUUUUUAACUAAGUAUGAGGUGACUAUUCACCGGAGAGUACACGUUGGAGACAAGCCAUACACGUGUGAAAGAUGUGGAAAAGGAUUUAAUCAACAAACACGUUACAGAGAUCACACGAAGAACAAAUGCAUCAACAUUUGA